AUGCGCCUGCGAGGGACGCCAUGCGGCAGCGGAUACAGCAAGCGAUGGCUAGCGACAACGGCACAAAUGGCGCCAUGUCCGGUGGCCGUGUUGGCGAGAACCUCACUGUCAAGAGAGCAACAUCCAUACCGGCAACCCCGCGAGCACGAAGAGACGAUACCGGGCGUGAGGCUGCAGCCACAUCAAGAAGCCAAAAAUGAAUCGCCUUCAGAUCCCUUCAUGUCCGUGAAUUUAGAAGACCGCACCCCAAACACACGAAGCCUUGGUGCAUAUCCCAGCAGAUCGUUCCACGAAGCACUGUCGCGAGCAGCAUACGCAAUCCCAGCUACGCCGCCGUCAAUGAGAGAGCAGGUCGCUACUUUCGCGCGUCGACAGAAGCGAUCAUUCGACAAUGGUGUCGAUGAUGCCGACGAUUAUAGCCCAAGCCCGAAGCGCAGAGCAUCGGAACGACCCAAAGCGGUUGUUGUGGUCCCACGCACACCGGUUGCAAACAGACCGCGGCAGCCCAAUGCGUCCACCAGAACACCAGCGUCAAAAUCUCCGAGGGUCCCUACACUUCUCAACAACGGCAAGGUCGUCAAUUUGACAAAGUGGCAAGCAGAAAAGCGCACGACGCGUUCCGAGCCCGUGGACAAAUAUCGAGCGCAUCCCCCGAUGAAGGGUUUGCUCUUCAGGGUCUGGGAAGAGGACCCAGCCUGUGAUCGUGACAGCAGGCAGGGACAUACCGCCAGGAAGUACUGGCGGAAGAACGCUGUACCCAACGAUCCACCUUCAGCACUUGAUCCGACAGAUGUGCUCAAUCAUAUGGACCGCGAGAUGGUAGACAGUCCAUUCAUCUCCACGUGCAGUCGAAUUCCAGCAGAUGCUAUUGUGCACGUCUUCCGGGCUCAAGACCUUGUCAAAGUUGCUGCCGAUGUCGAUUCCAUUGGGCGUGCACUACAGUCCGAGAUUCUUCGGGUGCCGCAUCAGAACUUGGCACGCACAAAGAUCCCUACCAUGAGAAAGAACAAGGUAGCACUGGGAGAAGAGAUCACCGAGGGCGUUGCUGAACUUUGCACAUUCCUCGGUCUCGACGCUCAUUCGACUGUGGAUCAUUUGUCGCACAUCGUGAGUGAUGUUGUAGACGGCUGGGUUCUGUCUAUAGAGCACCGUGAAGGUGAUGACUGGUAUCGACUCGCUACCAUCUUCGCCAGACGCCUAUGCAAACACAGUCCGCAGCCAGUAUCUUUCAAGGAGCGGGAGGCAGCAAAGUUCGCGUUCCUGAACGGUGUUGCCUGGGGAUGUGGCGACCCGAACGCGGCCCAUACACCAAAUCUGAUGGCGCAGAAGCAGAGAAAAGCGACUGCAGCUGGCCUGAGAUCGCCUGCUCAAAUUUGCGCCGACGCCCUCGAUGCUGCGAAGCUGUCAAUUCUAGCCUAUGAGAAGGGGCAGAACGCACGGCUGGACCAGCAUCAUCACCGGCGACUACUGCACAACGCAUCCGCCAGCCGUGCUAUUGACGUUGGAGCUCAUGACCAGAUCAGCAUCAAUAUUGACGUCGAUGGAUCUGUCGAUAGUGACUCGGAUGAAGGAGAUAAGGUGGCUGACGACAGCGAGGAGGAAAUUAUCUUCACUGACCACCAACUUGGUUUGGAGUGA